UGCUGACCUGCAUCAACCCAGCCCUUGGGACUCCUCUCCCCUUCCACCUCCUGCUUAUCUCUGCUUUGGGAUCUGUCGCUAUGCGGACGGUGCGCAGGCCGCGGCCCGCCGUGGCCACAGUGCUGCUGGCCCUGCUCGCCUGCCUGGGGGCGCUGGUCGACGCCUACCCCACCAAGCCCGAGCAUCCGGGCGCAGACGCCACGCCGGAGGAGCUGAGCCGCUACUACGCGUCGCUGCGCCACUACUUCAACUGGGCCACUCGGCAGCGGUCUGGGAAACACGAUAGCCCGGAAGCGCUUCUCUCAAAACUGCUCUUCCUCGAUGGCCAGGACAGCUCAGUCAAGUCGCGGUAA